UGUGUGGAUAAACCAGCGGCAGAGCGGACAACGGACACGGCACAUAUUCCUGGAGGUCAGGAAGUAGAGUUCUGUCUAGGUGCCUCGCAUCUGGGUUACUUUCCCUGAUUUAGAAGCUCUUUGAUUCGGCCUGAUAAUAGUUUAUGAAGUGCGAGGCAGUAACUUCACGGCGAAGUAACAUUCAUUGAAUACUUCCUUAGUCCACUCUGCUGACUUUGGCCGGAUAGAGACGUCGGGUGUAAACAGUGACUCCUCAUGGAUGUUGAGAGUGCCCCUCCCAUACAUAAUAAUGGGGAUGAAGCGCCUGGAAUGGAAUUGUCACCAAUCGGGAAUUCCGGGAUAUCAACAAGAAAUUCAAAAUGGCCAAAACAUCCUCCUUUUGAUGACUUUGAAUAUCCUUCACAGCUUGAUAGCCAGCUGGAGUUUUUCCCACUUUGGCACUUUCCUGUAAAGCUAGCUGGGGGAUUGUCCGUUGUUGUUUUCGUAUAUACUUUACUGAGAGAUAUCAUUCACCCCUAUAUAACUGAAAGCAAAAACGUAUUCUACAGAAUUCCCAUUUUGGCCAUGAACAAAAUGCUUCCAGUGGUUGCCAUUAUACUUUUGACUUCAGUGUAUUUACCAGGAAUUUUGGCAGCCAUUUUUCAGCUCUAUUAUGGGACCAAAUACCGACAGUUUCCUCAAUGGCUGGCUCACUGGAUGUUGGUACGAAAACAACUAGGACUUAUCAGCUUCUUCUAUGCUGUGCUGCAUGCAUUCUUCAGUCUCUGCUAUCCUAUGAGAAGAUCAUACAGAUACAAACUACUCAACUGGGCAUAUCAGCAGGUGAAACAAAACCAAGAAGAUGCUUGGAUUGAAGACGAUGUUUGGAGAAUGGAAAUUUAUGUUUCUCUAGGAAUUUUGGGUCUUGCAAUUCUUGCUAUAUUGACUGUGACUUCAGUUCCUUCGGUCAGCAAUUCACUAAAUUGGAGAGAAUUCCAGUGUAUACAGUCAAAGAUGGGAUAUUGUGCAUUAUUCCUAUGCACUCUUCAUGCUCUGGUAUAUGCCUGGAGAAAGUGGGUAGAGCUCAAGUAUUUCGUCUGGUAUACACCUCCAACAUUUAUCAUUGCAGUUUUUUUACCUACUUUAGUUUUGCUUUGCAAAACAGUAUUUCUGUUCCCAUGUCUUGCAAGAAGAUUAGGUAGAAUUCGACGAGGAUGGGAAUGGAAGUCAAGGUAUAAAAAGGAAUCUAAAUGUAAUAUUGAUGUCAUGGAAGAUCAGGCUACUGCUGAAAGAUUAACCAGAAUGGCAGAAGAUUCUUAAUAACCUCAGUGCAAAAGAACAAUUCUUGCAGUUGGCUGUUAUGAUACAUGCACAGCACAUGUUUGUCUUUGUGGACAGUAAAGAAGGGCCCACAUUCUGAACUGCUUUCUUCUUGUUAAAUAUUUCCUAAUGCAUCAUUUAAAUGUAGAAAGCUUUGUUCUGCUAUGAUGAGAGAACAAUACUACAAAAGAAAACUUGUCUUCCUUUCCUUUCAAAAUUUGAGAUAACUAAUUAUUUUAAAAUAUUCAGUCAGCAUGCAUGCUGAUCAUUGACAUAUUGAAAAUUUUACUGUUUCCUUUAUGUAUCCAAAUAAGAGUUAAUCUGUUUUACUAGCCAAUAUUGAAGCUUGACUUGUGAUUGAUCAUGAAACAGAAUAAUUCCCAGUAAAAAGACCAGAAAAUAAAUGAUUUCUUUUGGAGGUUUUAGUUAUUUCACAUAUGGUCCCAUACCAGCAUUAGAUAUUUUGAGGGCUUAGAAUGAUCUGCUCUUUCUAUCAAAGUGACCAUGUUGAGACAUAGUGAUCAUAUUUUAACAUUUUCUUGUUCUAAACUGUCUGACAAAAAGAUUAUUUUGAACAUUGUGCUCCAUAUUUGUUUUCUUUUCUGACAAUAUGCGGUAUUCCAGUUCACUUGUAUUUUAUAAUUGUACAGCAUCAAAGGGAAUGUUGUGCAACUGGCAACUCAGCUGGUGUGGCAGCAUCUAUGGUGAGAAAGCAGAGCUAAUGUGUCCCUCACAUCCAUCUGGAAGGACAAGUGAUGAAGAAUCACCUGAC